AUGUCUACACAGAGGGCAUCAACACGAACUCGAGCACAACCACAAACCUCAGCCACACCAGCUGGGCGUGUGACUCGUCUCCGAGCGCAGCAGGGCGCGGCAGCUUCCCCUGCUGUCUUAGGUGUCAAGCCUCCCGCCCACGGCCUCCUGGCCAAAGGCAAGGAAGGUCUCCGCAAGGUGUCCGACAAGCUCAAGGACAAGCAAGAGAAGGAGACGAAGGAGGCAGCGGAUACCUACACUGAGCAGCUUCAAGCAUACCUCCGCAUUCGACCACAACUCGAGGCCGAGGGCGGCAGUCCUUACCUCGAGGUGCAGGACAAGAAGAGCGUCUUGAUGCGCCCGCCUGCCGAGUCCCGACUACAUAUGCCAAAGCCCAGUCAACUGUACUCGUUCAACCGCGUGUUUGGGCCAAAUACGGCGCAGAACAACUUUUUUGACGAGACGACCAAGCCGCUCGUCGAGAAGCUGUUGCAUGGCGAGAAUGGGCUGCUGUUCGCUUAUGGCGUCAGCAACAGUGGCAAGACAUACACAAUCCAAGGUGGCGACUGCACCAAGAUUGAGGACCGUGGAUUACUCCCCCGCUCCGUAGACGUCGUGUUUAACUCCAUCAAGGGGAUGGAGAGCACGGCCAAUCUCAAGUGCCAGGGCUUGGCUGAUGUCGUCCUCACCGACGAAGAUGACGGUAUCGACCUCCAAAGCCUCCCGUUUGAGCCGGAAGCGCGCCUCAGUGACAGCGUCAAAGUAGACCGCAACUUCUCGUACGCCGUGUUUGUCUCCUACGUCGAAGUCUACAAUGACAAGAUCUUUGACCUACUCGACUCUGUCUUGCCGUCAACGCGGCCCAAGGUUGCCUCAGCCACUCCUCGCGUGUCCGCAAUGCCUCGCGCGUCGGCGAUGCCGCGCACCAUGAGCAUGGUCGGAUUAUCCGGCCACAUCAACUCUUCCAUGAGUCUCGCGGCGCUGGCUAACGGUGGCGGCGGUGUCCUCAAGCGAAGAGCCCUCGUUCUUAAGAACGACCCUGAGGGAAAUGGCAAGUACAUCUGCGGCGCUCACGAGAUCCGUGUGCGCACGCGCGACGAGGCACUGGCAGUCUUCCGCUGCGGCCAGGGCGCGCGUCAGGUGUUCGGUACCAUGGCGAAUCGCGAGUCAAGUCGCAGCCACGGUAUCUUUACCAUCAAGGUCGUCCGCGUGCACAACGGCGCUCCCGAGGACCCGGACUCGGCGCAGGUGUCACGUCUUGCCAUUGUUGAUCUCGCCGGCUCUGAACGUGCCCGCAACGCUGCUACCACGGGUGACCGCCUCAAGGAAGCAGGUAACAUCAACAAGUCGCUCAUGGUGCUUGGCCAAUGUCUCGAGGUCCUUAGAGCCAAUCAACAGCGCAUGGCCGCCCCUAGUCCUCCCGGCACUCGCAAGAAGCUCGCGAUCGUCCCCUUCCGCCACGCAAAGCUCACGGAGAUCUUCCAGAACUUCUUUGUGGGUGACGGCCAUGCGGUCAUGAUGAUCCACGUCAAUCCAUACGAUACAGGAUUUGACGAGAACUCGCACGUCAUGCGCUUCUCGGCCAUCGCACGCGAGAUCCAGACGACCGCGACACACAAGACGACAAUUCCGACCCUCAAGCGCCAGAUUUCCAGCCACCUGAGCGCAUUCCGUUCCGCCAUGGGCGGUGGGCAGAAGAUCAAGGUCAUGGUGCCCGUGGUUAGGAAGCCCAGCGAAUUGCCGGCACCAGCUGCGCCCUCCCCACCAACAACUGUGGCCCCUCCCGUCAUCCCCGUUCGCGGUUCAAGUGCCCGUGCGGCCAGCGGCCGUCCCUCUGCACGCGCAGCGGCAGCUGCUGUGAGCGCGAGCUCCCGUCCUUCACGAGUUCACGCUCGGCCCGCACCGCCUCCUCCCAAGGCACCCGCUCCUCCACCCGUGCCGGAGGUGAUCAAGAUGGUCGAGGAGGAACUCGAGGUAGUCGAGGAGGACGCUGAGGAUGACGACGACGAUGAGCAGGAUCUCCUCGUUGACUACCUGUUUGAGCAACUGCGCGAGCUCAAGACGCAGCUCUUCGAGAGCGAGAUGCGCAACGCCCAGCUCGAAGUCGAUAUUCGCGAGGAGGUUUCUCGCGACCUCCAGGACACAAUCAAGCGCAUCCACGCAGACUACGAGAAGCGCUUCCAGGCGGCGGCUGCUGCGGCCGAGUUGAAGGCGGAUAUGAAGCUUGACAUUGUGCAGCGCACCAUGGGCGAUUCAGCGGACACGUCGUACGACGAUAGCUUUGACUCGGCCACGGACGGCGACUUCACGAUGGACUCUCUCACCGACCCUUUCCUCGGAGCCCCGAUCCGGAAAGAGACCAAUGGCUCAACUUCCGAGAGAGAGGUCGAGGAGGAGAUCUCGCUAUUAUUCAACGGGCCGCGCAACAUGAACGGCUCCAUCGACGGGGAUGCGACCGAGUCCGAUUCGGAGGAGAAUGAGCAGUCCGAGUCUGGCACCGAUGAUGCUUCUGAUGAGGAGAUGGAUGUUGACGAGGACUCGGAGGAGGAGGAGCCAAUUGAGCCCCGGCACAUCACGCCCGCCGACUCGACUCGUACGACCACCAAUCCCAGAGCGACUACGCCCAGUGCGGCCCAGGACGUCGACCGCUCUGGGGAGGUCGACUCUGACGACGAGGAGCUCGACUCGGACGACGAGGAGGGCACCAUCGAGGGCGACUCCAUGGUUAGCCAGAGCACCAGCGCCGAUUCGGAGGAUGCCGAGGACGUCGAAGUCUCUGGCGAUGGCUACGAUGACGAUGACGAGUCGGAGGACGGUUCCGACGAGGACUUCGAUGGUUCAUUUACCUCGAGCGCUAGCGUGGAAUCGGAGCCAGCGCCGCGCCGCGCCUCGAACCGCCGCAGCCCACAGAAGCAGGCAUCCAAGGCAAGCGCCAAACUCACGCCAUUGCGAGAGAGCAAGCGGCAGGUCAAGGCGCGCACGCCGUACAACGAGGACGAGGACCUCGUCAAGCUCGUCAAGGACACCACCACCCCUGCGCCUGCGAAGAAGAAGCGCACGCUCGGCAAGCGCAUGGUAACCGAGGACGAGAUGGAGGCGCGCGAGCCUCGUGGUGGCGCCGAGGUGCGGCGGAUGGUUCGUGGUAUGUAG